AUCCGGGUGAGUGUAACCGUCACCAUGCCUUUCACUGAGACGUUCAAGAGCACUGCGUUAGUUAAAACUUGAUGAGGAAGUGGGCGGUGUGGUGACGCAACAGCCGCCAAAAUCAAAAACUUGCAAGAGGAGUGGACGUUUACAAGUACGUACAGAAAAAUAAAGAAAAAGACUCGGGAAACAUGGAGGGAGCACCUGCGAAAGGUGUUUUGAGUCACUUGAGUCUGCUGGAAGUUAAAGCCAGGAGUCGUAAAACUCAGCUUCAGCAGCAGAGUCGUGUGAUGGAGCUGAAGGCUAAAGUUGAAGCACUGAAGACCCAGAGAGAGCAGCUGAAGGCACAGAUACAGACACACCAGGACCUCCAGAAACUGAGGUUGGCUAUGGACAAACAGUGUGCAGAUGAAGAAGAGGAGAACAUGGAUGAAGAGUCAGAGAACUCAAACCUUUUGCAGCUCAUGGCCAGACACACUCAGCUGAAAGAUCUUCUACAUGCUCAUCACCUCAUUGGCGGGUAUGACAUCAUAAAGACUCGCAAGGGGAAAGGAGCAUGCGUAUCUAUCGCAACGGCCUAUGAGAACGUCUUCUUAGACACCUUUAACCUGGAGAUUGAUCUGAAGCCAACUGUAAAGAUUAGUCGCCACAACAUCCCUCCCUUUAUUCCCCUAAACAACCUUGCUGAGCAGAACAACAUGCAGACAGACCUGAGGGUGUUUCUGGACACCCUCAGCCAACAUCUCAACGCCUUUGUUGGUCGCAAGCAGCAGCUGAAGCUUGUUAAGGAAAAACAUAAGUCGAUUGAGGUGAUGGAGAGUAAUGUUUUAUGUUCACUACUGGUGCUGUUACUCACUGUGCCGAGAGAAAAGACAGCUGUGCUCUGCACACUGGACUACACGGACCACACCAGAUGUCUCCCCACACGAGUCCAUCUUGAAAGUGAAGACAAACAGCUUCCCGAUUCUCCACAGUGGAAGAAAAACUGCACCUUACUUAUGGAGACUCCUGUGCACAAAGCUUUAAUAACCAUGAAGAAAAUGGGAAGCAUUGUUUAAUUUAUUCAUUAAUAUGUAUUAAAUGAGUUUUGCUGUUGCAUUUUGCUAAAAGAGUAAUGUACUUACUCAUUUUUCAUUUUUGUUUUUAAGGUAUUAAAUUGUAAGAAAGUGAAGUUUCCAAAUGUUCAAGCAAAAAGUCUUAAAAUUCAGGCAAUAAAAGUCAUAUUUGUGAUGCGAUCGCUGUUUUUUGUCCCUGUCUCUAUAUACAUGGUCUGUAAAUACUGUCUCUGAUGUUGCUAUUAACUUGUGUGUAACAUCAACCUGCCAGAGGGUCUACAGAUGGAAAUUAGACUAUAAUCUGGCAUAGUUACAUUUGUUAAAAUCUUCAAUAAUAUGUAUUGUCCCUCUUUCUAAUAAAGAAAGGAAAAACAUCAA